AAAAAGCAUAUAUGACAUGUUAUAUUUGUCUGAAAAUCGGUCUAUCAAUAGUCUGGCUCUGCUUGUGUCUAUAUUUGAGCGAUUUACGCAUCUGCAUAAAUGUGGAUUUCCUUAAAAUGCUUGGCCAACGCAUCACAAGGGCUAGCUUUGGGCCACAACAUCGGGAGCCUGUGUAUUGGGUACAGCAGCAACAUGGUGCGGUUCAGACAAAAGUUGGAUUCAAACAUGUAUUUGAUAGUGAGGGACACAUUUGACUUUACGACUGGUAAAUUGUUCCUACAGAUUAUACAUAUGCUUUUGUUGACAGGAAACUUUUUUUUGUGUGUGAAGUCGGCAACAUUGUUAUGGUGUUACUUUCCGUCGAUACACACCGGAACGAUGCACAAAUCCGGGAGUCAAACCUACACUCCAAUACACAGACUCCCGGUGUUGUCACUCAUCUGUGCGCGACUGCGCGUGCAACCGGAGAGAGUGAAGCGCGAGGAUCAGUUGUCAUCUUGCUGUCAGCAGGUUCAGCUAAACUUGUGUUUUCCAUGUCAAGAUUCGUGACAAAUCGGUGUUUUGCCAGAUCUCGACCUCGUGUCCGGGAAUACACGUAAAGAUGGCGAAAAAGAGUAGUUCCAAAAAGUCAUUCAAAAACUUGUUUUCUAAAAGCGAAGCCAAUUUAACCGACCCGGUGGAGAAAGAUGACGGUGGACGUAAAAUGUUUAAACUCUUCAAAUUCAAGAAAAAGAGGAAACCCAACAAAGAUGAAGAGAAGCAAGUCGUCGCAGGUGCUGCUGAGACCAAUGGAUCAGGUGGUGAUGCCCUGGGGAGGGAUGCUGAGGACUGGCCUGAUGUCAGUCACACCAAGAAGACCAGAUCUCUGACUGCUCCUAGAUCAAAGCACAUUGCCCCCCCUCCCCCGCUCUCACUCACUAUACCUCCCUCUGCCUUUCCGUCUAUCGCUAGCAAACAGGCCAAGGACCUCAGCUACUCAGAGAUGGACCUCCGUGCCAAGCCCAAGAGGUUUGGCACGUUCACCUUUGGCUUGAAGAGGAGGAAGAAGAAGAGUGACGGGGAUCUCUCCCAGAGCAUCGUGGUCCUCCACGGCCCCGAGCCAGAAGUCAAAGGGCAAGAGGAGGAGCUUCUGAACCUCAGCCUCUGGGACAUCGGCCAAGGCGGCACUCUGAACAAGAGGGUAAGGUUCGCUGUGUCUCAGCCUGACCUAAACACUAAGACACUGGUCACCUCUUAUCCUCCUCCCACUGUCCCCAAGAAAUCGCAGGCCCAGGAGCCACCGAUGGACAGUCCUAAGACUGCCACCAACCAACCAAUUUCCCAGAUGGAUAACAUUAUUCCUCUUGAAGUGGGCCGGGCUACAAGAAAAGUUCCUUUAGCUAUGCCUGAGAUGGAGUGGAACGAGACCUCACAGGAAGAGGAGAGCCCGGAUGCUCAGUGUGACAAUCCGUAUGCCUCAACAGACCAUACUGACACAGCUUCUCCAAUGGAUGUUGAUAGCUUUAACCCAAGUCCUCCACCUUUCCCACCUAACCCACCUCCACCCUCCUAUCCAUCUAGCCCACCCCCCUGCUACCCAUUGAGCCCAGCUACAUCAUUUCCCCCCACUAGCUCUCCUCCUGCUACAGUUUACACCUCAAACCAGAGUGAUGAAAUGUCCCCCUUACCCAGCGCUGACCCUGUCCUUCCUGUGACUGCACUCUCACUUAGCAAAACUGAGGCCUCUUAUGUUACUCUCUCCAUUGGACAACCUGUUGUUGUUGAAAAUAUCACCACUGUUACCCCUAAUACAGAUCCCUCUCCCAUUGCCUUGGACCCCAAUAUAGAAGCCACUAUUACUGAAACGGACACAACUGACGUUAAAACCGAGACCUUUCCUCUGAACCCUGAUUCUUUGGCUGACAACACUGAGACACCUAUUCUCAACACCGUCACCUCUGCUCUUAUCACUGUCAACUCUGUUACUGACAUGGACACCAACUCCAUCAAUGAUACCUCUGUCUCCACCACUGAUACAUCUAGGCCUAUGCCUGAAACGGUCACCUCCAUCACCUCUGAAGAGAUCAGCACUGCUAUUGCUGAUCCUGGCCCCUCUCUCGCUGAAAUGGUCAUCCCCGUUCCAAGCACGGACAAAUCUACACCUGAAAUGCUAGCCUCCAUUGCAAACACUGUCAACUCCAUUACCAACAGUGACAACACUGUCCCCAACACUGACACUUUCUCUGCCAACACGGAGGUAUUUGGAACUCUGUAUGACUCACUAUUUCCGCAAAGUUUCACCUCGGCACAAGAAUCUGCCACAUCAGACAAUGACUCUACUGAGGGAUGCCUUGACACCAACCUAACCAUAAUAAAUGAUGAAACUAACCCACACCUGUCCUUGGAUAGCCCCUUUGAUUCACCAAGUCCCAUUUUACCCGAAUCAGUUAAACAGGAGUAUGAAACUGCCAUUGAUCACACUGAAGCUAGUGUCACUGACGUCCCUGUCCCCACUGCAGUCUCCAAAAUGGAUACCAGCCACCCUGACACAGACACCACUGCUAAUACUAACCUCACUGUUACUGAUACCAACACCAACUCUCAACCAGUAUUCAGAGAUCUUUACGACUCUCUCUUUCCUGGAAUGUUCCCCUCACCUCACAUAUCUGGCCACACCGCAUCUGCUCUCAGCACUUACACUUCUGGCGUUGUGACAUCGGGCGUGAUGAUGGACACUCGAUGCACACCUCCUAAUAUAGACGCUCCUUUUGAGAACAAGCUUCCCCCUGUUCCUCAAACAGACACUGCCCACCCUAGCACAGAUUUCUCCCUCGCUGAGCCUGAGGCCUUUGCGCCUCUGUGCUUUGAGCCUACACUCCCCACAACUGAGCCAAUGGAAAUGGAUGACUUAGAGCCUGAGCGUCCCACCUCAGACUCACCUCUCCCAAAUACCGAUAUCGCUGUUCCUGAUACUGGCUCUAGUGACACAUGUGAAUCUCUCUAUGACGUUCUUUUCCCUGAACUUUUUCCUUCUGACCAGGUGUCCACCAUUUCUGACCCCAACCUUGAUAAACCAGUCUAUGUUACGGACACCGAUUCUGUUCCGCUCCGACCAGAUUGCAACACUCGGCCAAACCUUGUUGAUCAGUCGGAGCAUUUGACCGCAGCUCUUCCAGUUGACCUUAAUACAGAGGACACUGAAAACACAGAUCUCGUCCUUCAUCAUUCUUUAAUGAACAUUGACAACUCUGAUCACAUUCUCUCGGACAAUGUCACCCUCGUUUCUGACAUUCUUAGCGCUAGCCACCCAAGCACUAAGAAUUCCAGUACUCUUGAAACCACCAUCUCCAUUGAUGCGUCCGUCUCCUCAACAACAGCAGAGACAAUGGCUACUGAGACAGGUCAAGAAGCAGAAGUGCAGAUUAUGGAAGAGGAAAAUGGACAGAUUGAGCAGAAUAUUAUGUCCUAUGAUGUAGACGUUGUCAGGGAAAGAUCAAAUGAUAUGUCCACCACGGCUACUGAGAAAGUUCAAGAAGCAGAGGUGGAGGUAAUGGAAGAGGCCAACAGCAUAGAUUCUAAUAGACAGAUUAAGGAACAUAUGCCCUGUGAUGCAGACGUUAACAGGGCAAGCUCACAGUGUGUGAUCAUACCAGAGAACAGCAAUGCCAUGGAAGUCGCCAUCCCAGCGGUCCAUUACAGCAUCCUGGAGCAUUACAUGGAGGAGAGUGGCGUUGAAGAGGUGAAAGCAGAGGAAAUGAAAGGAGCGGGCAAACAACGGAGGAAUGGUAAUGAAACCGUUGAAGCAGGAUGGAGUUUGGGGUCACAGAAAGUAACGGAGGUACUGUUAGAAACGAAGGAUAGAGGUCAAGAGAAUGAAGUCCACCGAGAGGAGAAGAGACGCAUUGAGUCCCCAGAAGACGGCGAUGCAGAGAGGCUGGUGCCGGUGGAGGAGAGAGGAACGAGAGAGGUCUCGGCACUGGUGAAAGAAGGGUGGGAGGAUGGGGUGAAACCAGCCCUACCUGUUCAGCAGGUGCACACACUCAUGGAAUGUGAGUCGCCCGCCCCGCCUUCCAUCACAGAGCAGCAUGGAGAGGAGGAGGGGUCAGGGAGUAACCGGAGUGCAGUUACACACGCUUACCUGGUAACAGAGGCCUGCGCUGAUACACAUACACUCAGACAGACCCCAGGCCACGAAGAGCCACAGGAGUCUCACAGCAGCGAGAAUGAACACGCUGCCACCGGCAACAGAGAGAGACAGGACACACUCGCAACACAUAACACACUCGCACACACCACAGACCGAGAGGGGAGCAUUUUAGACACACUCACAGCAGAGGAAGCGGACCUAGUAACUCGUACUACCGAGGACACAUCCUCUUUCUCUGAGCAGAAAGCAAAAGUAAACACCACUAGCACACAUGGCGAGAACACAUUUGCACUUGACAGAGAAGAGACAACGACAGAUGCAGAGUCCAGAACAUACACUGUAAAGAGAGAACAUGAAGGGACACUCGGUACUGAGUGGAUAGACAGCAUUGUCACGCAGGAAACAGACCGAGCCAGUUCAGAGCAGGUGGCAGUGAAUCCUCCUGUCGCACGAGACACAAUCCUCGACAGACUUCGAAAGAGAGCCAAUGGUCUUGCCACAGAGAGACCCGGUGCAGAGCCAGAGCAGGUGGCAGUGAAUCCUCCUGUCGCACGAGACACAACCCUCGACAGACUUCGAAAGAGAGCCAACGGUCUUGCCACAGAGAGACCCGGUGCAGAGCCAGAGCAGGUGGGAGGGACGCUAUCAGUCACUGCAGAUACACUCCUCAACUCACUGAGGAACAGAGUCCAAUUCCUCAGCCAGCCCGAAGGGUCUCUGGAUGCUUCAGCUGUUAACAGUACAGCUUUAGAAGACUCUGAGGACUCCGAUUCAGAAAUUCAGCAGAUAGUGGCUGAUCUGGAGUCAGACAGCGAGAUGAAGUCAUACAGUUCCACUCUCACUCUAAGACCCUCUCCCACCCACAAGGGCAUGGACAAAUCAAAACAGGGCUUCCGCAAAGUUUCCCUGGUCACUAACAAUGACACCACAGACCACACUGAAGACAGUGUGGACUACAGAGAAAGCCCGAUCAACGAACCGAAUAGAACUGAAAGUGACCUAGGUCCAGUCGCACCAGAAUACAAAUGGAGGAACCUGUACGAAGGGGUGCAAACUACUUUCGAACCCAAAGGGGAGACCUGGCGCUCUGACUCUCAGUCAGAUGAGUCAAGAGUGUCCACAUACGAUGGACACUACUCUUCCCUCUCCCCCUCCCUCUCUGUGUACACACGACAACUCACCUCUCUCGGGCCGCCAUUCCAAGAACCUGGCUUGUCCUCCCUCUCUUCAGAGACACCCCGUUCCCCUGGCAACGGCCGCUGGUUGAGUGACAGGAGCGAAGUUCAGUUGACCCGGGAGAGUAGCGAGCCAGAGACAGGAACAGGCAGGGGGAGUAGGAGGGUGUGGGAGGAGGAGCUAGCCACUGCACCUGCAGGACAGAGAGAGAGAGAGGUAGAGCAAGAGGGGAGGGAGGGAGAGUCCAUGGCAAGGAAGAUAAAGUCAGGCUGUGACUUGCAAUCACUCCCAGUCUCAAACUUCUCCUCGGCGGGUCAGACCAUUGACAACGUGGACUACAGCAGAGGCAGCAGUGACUCCUACUCCGGACAGUACAAGGCCACCCGCGUGGAUCUGCUCCCUUCCCCCUCCUCCUCGGAGCCUUCCCCCUCUUCCUCUCCCGUGACCCCUGAGCCGGGCUCCCCCUAUCACUGCGACAUAGAGAGCCUGGUGGACACCCUGAAGAGCAUGAACCCAAACCUUCCCCAGAGGCAGAGGAGGCUGCGUGGGACCACCGCCCCCUCCAUCAUCUCCUCCCUGCCCUCCAUCGAGGAGGACACCCCCAGCUCCAGCCCCACCAAUACCAAAUCUCCCCAGGUGCCCCCUGGGUCUCUGCUGGAGGGCCCCAACAGCCGCUACAACCUGCCCGCAGACCUUGGCCUCAACUGGAGUGCCCCCAAGGAGAUGCAUUCCCCUCUGGAGUUGAUGAAGCUACAACAGCAGCAGCAACAGGAGCAGCAGGCUGGAGACCACCAUUGGAACCGUGGAGGCCUCAACCUCCCACUCCGAGCCUCGGCUCUUAGCAGCAUCGUCAUGAGGAAGAGCUCCUUGGGCAGUGACUCUUCCCCAGAGCACUCGCCGUCCCCCCUGCUAAACGAAGGGAGCAGCAACCAGUCUCCAAACCCCUCACGCCUGGACAGAUCCCUCCUCUACUCUAGCUAUCGUUCAGCAUCGAUUGAUCAACCACAGGAGAACGGCAAGGCCCAUAGCCCAGGCCAGCGGCCCUCUCUGUUCCUUACGGGCUCCCUACCGGACAUAGGGCCUAACCAGGACCACAUGAGCUCAGGGCCUGGUAUGGGCAUGGCUGAUGUGUCUGGGAGCGGACUUGGAUUCAAAUCUGGAGUUGGAACCCAAACUGGAACAGGAACUGAUCCUUCAACCCACUUCCGCUACGAACGUUUCUCCACCCGGAUGUCUGACUCCUUAACCGGAAACAACACAGACACCAACUGUCGAAUGAUCAGGCCCCCUCCCCUCCCUAGCUUCACCUCUACCCAAGAAGGCCUUCUCAGUCCCACAAGCUCAUCUCUGGACAUCUACAGGUCUUUCGCCAAUGCUAAUGAGUCCGCAUUAAAGGGUGGAAUGAGUUCCAAUGGCAACAUGGGCUCUGUGGGCUCUAUUGGUCUGGGUCUGCAGAGGAACUUCAGUAACGAAGGCCUGAAUUCACCACUGUUCAACAUGGGGUCCCCCCAUGGAGGGUCCCCCCAUGGAGGGUCUCACUUCAGUCCAGAGGCUGAGAAGAACCUGAUGCCCAAGUACAGGGCUUUCCCUGACGCCUAUCUCACCAAGGAGAAAGAACAUGGAAAGCUCAACCCUCGACCAGGAAAGAUGUUCAUCUUUGACCAGCCAGGGAUGUGUGGCCAGAGGACGGAGGUGUGGAGUGAUGUAGUUGAUGCCACACCCUGGCAACUACAGGAAACCAUCUCUAUCAGAGUUGUCAGAGGAGGCUGGGUCUUGUACGAGAAGCCCAACUUCAAAGGGGAGAAGAUCGCUCUGGACGAGGGGGACAUAGAGCUCACCUACCCCUUCGACCCCCCUGAGGAGGUAGAGGGACAACAACCGCAGAAUGGAGAGGACAGCCAGAAGGAGGGGGGAGAAGAAGUGGUGGCGGCCAAGCCGGCCAGGAGGUUCAUCAUAGGAUCAGUACGAAGAGUAGUCAGGGACUACAGUGUGCCAGAGAUCAGUCUGUUCCCUGAGGAGAAUGCCGAGGGGAAGAAGGUGACCUUCAGAGACACGUCAGAUGACGCCAGGAUAUUCGGCUUCCCCAUCAAAGCCAACUCCAUCAUCAUCAACGCUGGACUAUGGCUGGUAUAUGCUCAGCCUUUCUUCCAGGGCAUACCACGUGUUCUGGAGGUGGGGGGGUUCCCCAACCCUGCAGCCUGGGGUGUGGAACAACCUUACGUGGGCUCCGUGCACCCUCUCAAAAUCGGUGAACCAAGAGUGGAGAAACCUGGUGAGCCCAAGCUGGUGCUCUAUGAAAAGCCCUACUUCACUGGGAAGACAAGGACAAUCUACACCAACAUGAGAGACUUCAUGACCAGGAAGGAUAGACAGCAGACUGCCUUCAUAUACAGCCCUGGAUCCAUCAAAGUACAGGGAGGCUGCUGGGUGGGCUAUGAGAAGGAGGGUUUCCGAGGCCAUCAGUAUAUGUUGGAGGAGGGAGAGUACCAUGACUGGAGGGUGUGGGGCGGCUGCGAUGCCGAGCUGCGCUCUGUCAGAGUCAUUCGAGCGGACCUGACCGAGCCCAUGUUGGUGUUGUAUGAGCAGCCCGACGUGGAGCAGAACAACACCUUUGAGGUGACCGAGGCCCUUCCCGACGUGGAGCAGGACAACACCUUUGAGGUGACCGAGGCCAUUCCCGACGUGGAGCUGUUUGGCUUCCGCACCACCACGCGCUCCAUCCACGUCGUCAGUGGAGCAUGGAUCGCCUACUCUCACGUGGACUUCUCUGGUGACCAGUAUAUCCUGGAGAAAGGUUUCUACAGUAACUCUGCUGACUGGGGCUCUUCAGACAACCGCAUCUGCUCUGUCCAGCCCAUCUUACAGGCUCCAAGUGAAAACCAGGGCAGCGUCAGAAGUGAGGUGAUGUUGUACACAGAGCCAGAUUUCGAGGGGGAAUGCCAUGUGUGUGACAAGAACCAGGAGUCCCUCUCUGACAAGCUCAUCGCCAAGUCCUGCAGAGUGGUGGGGGGAAGUUGGGUGGUGUACGAGGGCUGUGAGUAUUCAGGGAACCUGUACAUCCUGUCAGAAGGAGACUACCCCAACUUCACCAGCAUGGGCUGUCCUCCGAACUGUGUCAUACGCUCGCUGAAGACUAUCCCGCUGGUGUUCUCAGUGCCCUCCAUCUCACUGUUUGGUCUGGAGUGUUUGGAGGGCAGGGAGAUCACAGUGGACACAGAGGUGGUCAAUAUGCUGGAGGAGGGCUACAACAACCAUCUACUCUCUGUCAGAGUCAACCGAGGCUGCUGGGUGAUGUGUGAGCACAGUAACUACAGGGGGCGACAGUUCCUAUUAGAACCCAUUGAAAUCACCAACUGGCCCAAAUUCAGUCAGCUUCUCACCAUUGGCUCAAUGUACCCAGUACGGCAGAGACGGCACUUCUUCCGCAUCAAAAGCAAAGAGCGAGGUCACUUCCUGUCCAUCCAGGGUGGCGUAGAGGAAAUGAAGUCGGGACGUGUGGUGGUGACCGAGCAGGUGGAGGGCAUGAGCGACAUCUGGUUCUACCAGGAAGGCCUCAUCAAGAACAAGUUGGCUCCUACUAUGAGCCUGCAGGUAAUGGGGAACGUGGAGGCGGGGGCGAAGGUGGUGCUGUGGUCAGAGACCCGGCAGCCUGUCCAGACCUGGUCAGCCCAGAUGAGAGGCACCAUCCCCAGCCUCACCUUCCCUGGCAUGGUGUUGGACAUCAAGGGUGGCAAGCAGUACGACAGAGACCAUGUGGUGAUUUUACCAGAGAGUGAGGAGAGGCCUUGCCAACAGUGGGAGCUGGAGCUGCUGUAACCUUCCAAUAACCUUCCCUCAACCCACACCCUUCACCCGCUCCUCCAAUACAAUACAUUCCAAUAUCGACCAACCCCUCAGAACUCCUGCUCUUCAGUCUGUGGAGACGGACAUUAGGAAGCACCGCAGAAUGAACCUUGUGUCAUCAUGGUCAGGCACUCUCAAGAGGAUCCCAGAACAUCUUCAUUACAGUUAAAGGGUUUCUUUCAUUUCGUGAAGAAUCAUAUGAGGGUUAUAAUAUUUUUGCCUGAAUGUGAGGACAGCAGCAUACGAAUGACUCAUCUAACAACCAGUGCCUUUGGAUGUGGUCAACUGGAGAGGAUGGGAAGGGUCGCACUUCUUUUCCCCUCCCUUAAAUGUGUGUAUUUGAAUUAUUAUAUUUACAGACAUUCUACCCUCUCAGAUUCUUCCUUGACUUCGAUGGUAUGACCCGGCUUAGCACACACAGUAGUGGACAGAACCACUCACUUGAACCCACUAAUGAUUAUUGGGAAGGUCAAGUUCCAUCUACCAUAUGAUACAUCAUCUGUGGCUACAAACAGUGCAUUUAAGAGGGUUUCAUAAAGGAAGCCAAAUCUAUGCACAUUAUUUUCUGAAUUGGCUUAGUUCAACAUUUUGUUUGACUAUGUAAUUUACUACCUUUUGGGAAAACAUUGGAUGGGAAGUGUGUUCUUUAGGCAGUAUAAUACAUACAAUAAUGUAUGAUGCAGUGCAAUGACUCUGUGGGCUUUUAUGCAGUUCCUCUCUAAUGCUACAGUGUGUUCUUCUAUUUCACUAUGGGCUUAUCUAUUUUCAUAGAUAUGAAUCAUACAUUGCCAAACACUGUCAAGAUACAGGUUACUUUCUUAUUUUUUAUAUUUAACACCAAAUGCCUUGCACCUCAAGGCAUUAUUCUUUGAUACCAAAAAUAGAAUGUGAAAAGAAAUGAGUGGUUUUAAAAUAUUAAAUAAAACUAUCAAAAAU